AUGAAGUUGACACUUGCAGCCAUCCUCACCGCUCUCACCGCCGCCACCGGAGUGGUCGGCGCCCCUUCGACUCCUCCCGCAAAGACCUGCGAAGAUCUCCAAAUCCCCAUCAAGAUUUCUGCCAUGACCAAGAUCUUCCCCGUCGCACCAGUGACCGACAACCUCCUGGCCGCAGCACUCGUCCUCAACUUCACGCGGUCCGAUGCGUUCGCCUGGAACUACACCGCGCUGCCAGACCACCGGGUCGAUAAAACAUUCUACAUCAGCGCGCGGUACUGCAUUCCCACUGCUGUUGGGGAGAGGAAGGAUAUCUUGCAGAUCAUGACGCACGGGAUUGGGUGUGAAAAAUCCUACUGGGACUGGCCGGAAGAGCCUUCGAAGUACUCCUACGUCGACGCGGCCAUCCAGCGAGGCUACAGCACCUUCAUCUACGACCGUAUCACGACUGGCGGGUCGUCCAAGCCCGACGCAUACCUCGAGGUGCAAGUCAGCGUGGAGCUAGCGAUCCUCAAAUCGCUGACCGAGCACCUCCGGGCGGGCGUGCUUCCGGGCGGCGGCUCCAAGCUCCUCACCGCGCCCGGCCGCGUAGUCCACGUGGGCCACUCCUUGGGCAGCAUACUCACCAACGUGCUCGUGGCCACUUGGCCCGCACUCUCCGACGGAGUGAUCCUUACGGGCUUCGCGCACAGCUUCACGCUGUCGGAAUUCGUCGCGGCGCAGCUCGCGUUCAGCUCGCAGCUGGCAAGGCUCGCUAGCCCCCGAAGGUUCGCUGCUCUCGGCGAUGGGUACCUCGCGUGGCCUAGCGCAACACAGUUCCAGUUGGUGUUCUUUGACUAUCCGAACUUCGACCCGAAGGUGCUGCUCGACGGCGAGGCGAGGAAGAGUGCGUUUACUGUGGGGGAAUUGUUGAGUCUCACGACGGUGGCGUUAAGCGCACCCAAGUUCACUGGUUACGUUCAGGUUUUGACGGGUAACCGCGACUUGGUGUUCUGUGGUGGCCACUGUAACGCUACGGCUGUAGAGGCGGCAGGUAGACUUGCGUUUCCCAAUGCUGGAGGUUACGAUGCGUACGUCAUUCCCGAGAUGGGACAUGCUCUGAAUCUGCACCUGAAUGCGGUGGACGUUUACGAUCUCAUCUUGGAGGGGUUGGAGAAGGGAGGUCUGUAG